AUGGCACACUUCGGACUUCUGGGCAACCCACUGCGCCUCUACCCCCCACGUCCAAGAGUGCUCAGUCCGACUCGACCAACUCUACGUCGUCAUCCCUCCUCUGUUGUGGUCCGACUCCAAGCCAUCGUUCUCGUUCGAGACGUUCCGGGUCAUGUCGUCGCCCUCACCGUCACCGUCACCGUCACCCGCGUCACCCGGUGGCCUUCGCCCGCAUCGCUCUCAUCGCCACUCGCUACCUUCGAUGUCUUCGCCGUAGCCUGGCCGACUCGGAAUAAGACGGGGAUGUGGGACGGCAAUACCUGCCUCCUUCCCCCUUUCCGCUGGCGUUGGCGUUUAAAUAUCGAGGACUUGUCGCAAACCCGUCGUCGUCGUCGUCGUCUCGUUCUUGUUGUCGCUGAAGAGGAUCCCGGAAGGUGCAUGCCAUGGGCUGGGCUGCAAUGGGCUGACGAUGAUGAUAAUAGGACACGACGCGCACGGGGGUGGGGGGUCGGGAUCCCCUCGCUCUCGUCUCUCGCUCUCAUCCCAGUCAUCGUCAUCGCCCAAGUCCCGACACCCUAUCGAUAUCGAUACCGCCGACUCGGAACAGCUUCGAGGGUGUUGCAACAUAGAGUGUCACUCAGGGCUGUCCCCGAACGUGGGCGUGAAUUGAAGGCGCCGGUGCGCGCAGCGCUGAGACCCGGGAUGCGUGCGGAGGCGGAGCAGGGGCGGAAAGUCGAAGUCGAAGUCGGCGGGUGCCGGGCGGAGGCGGAUGGAGCGGAGGAGCGGAAGAGCGGAGACGCAAGGCGGAGGGAUGGGGAGAGGGGGGGUGGGAAGUAG